CCUCUGACGUCUCAUGGCUUCCUCCACUGCAAAACUGCUGCAGCUCCUCUGCAUAAUCUUAUUUCUCCACAUUUCUUCCUCUUCUUCUUGGUCUUCAUCUUCGAACAGGACUACUUUUAAUCCCCAUUUGUCGUCCAUAAGAUCAUUCUGCAAGUCCACACCCUACCGAAACAUCUGCUUUGACUCACUAAAACUCUCAGUCUCCAUAAACAUCACUCCCAACAUCCUCUCCUACCUCCUCCAAUCCCUCAACGUCGCCAUCUCCGAAGCCGCAAAGCUCACCGAUCUUUUCUACAAGGCUGGACAGUACUCGAACAUCGUCGAGAAGCAAAAGGGAGCUGUCCAGGACUGCCAGGAGCUCCACCAAAUCACUCUCUCCUCCUUACAAAGAUCCGUGUCUCGAAUCCAGGCACGAAAUGCCAAGAAACUUAACGAUGCUAGGGCUUACCUCAGCGCUUCUCUCACAAACAAGAACACUUGCAUGGAAGGAUUGGAUUCUGCUUCUGGCCCUAUGAAGUCAACCCUAGUCAACUCCUUGACUAGUACAUACAAAUAUGUAAGCAAUUCUCUCUCAGUUAUCUCAAAGCAAGGGGCGAAUAAAGGGCGCCCAAACCGCCGUCUUAUGAGAGUUCCGAGGUGGUUAUCGAGGAGAGACCGCCGGAUAUUGGAGAGCUCCGGCGAUGAAUAUGACCCCAGUGAAGUCCUAACGGUUGCCGCAGAUGGAUCGGGGAACUUCACCACAAUUAGUGAUGCUAUUAUGUUUUGUCCAAAUAAUAGUUAUGAUAGGACGAUUAUAUAUGUCAAAGAAGGGGUUUAUGAAGAAAAUGUGGAGAUUCCGAGCUACAAGACCAACAUUGCUCUUUUUGGAGAUGGAAGUGACAUCACUUUCAUCACUGGUAACCGCAGUCGUGGUGAUGGAUGGACUACAUUCAGAUCUGCAACCGUAGCUGUGUCCGGAGAGGGCUUUCUAGCAAGAGACAUAACAAUUCAGAACACGGCAGGGCCAGAAAAGCUCCAAGCAGUUGCUCUGAGAAUGAAUGCAGACUUGGUUGCAAUUUACAAAUGCACUAUCAAUGGCUACCAAGACACGUUAUACGUGCACUCUUUCAGACAAUUCUACAGAGAGUGCGAUAUAUUCGGAACCAUAGACUACAUAUGUGGUAACGCUGCAGUUGUAUUUCAAGCAUGCAACAUCGUGUCUAAGAUGCCAAUGCCGGGACAAUUCACAGUCGUCACGGCGCAGUCCAGGGACACAUUAGAUCAGAACACAGGAAUCUCCAUGCAGAACUGCUCCAUUGUAGCCAGUGAUGAGUUGUACUCCAAUUCCAGCAUUGUCAAAAGCUACUUAGGCCGGCCGUGGAGGAAUUACUCUACGACUGUUGUGCUGAAGUCCUACAUUGACGACUUUAUUGACCCGACUGGGUGGACUAAUUGGGCCGGGGACCAAGGAUUGGACACUUUGUACUAUGGAGAGUAUGAGAAUUCUGGUCCUGGCGCUGGGACGGAUAAUAGAGUGAACUGGACAGGGUAUCAUGUUAUGGACUACUAUGAUGCAUCCAAUUUCACGGUGCAAGAGUUUAUUGCUGGUGAUGAAUGGCUGCAGUCCACUUCAUUUCCUUAUGAUGAUGGCAUCUGAUCUCUGUAUGAAUACUCUUGUUUGACAUAGUUUUUUCAUACAUUUUCAAAAUAUGUAUAUCAAAGGUGGAAGUUUGUCAGGACGAGGUGAAAUAUUUCUGAUUUUUUAUUUUUUAUUUUGGGUAUAGAGGGUAUAUUUUCUGAUAGGAGGUUCAACACUUUGAGCAGUUCAGAGUUCAAACCAUGAACCCCAAAUAAA